UGAGAUCAGACCUGGAUCUAAAAUAUCAAAUUUUAAAUGAGCCGGUCCGUUCGCAGUAGGUUGCGCCUGAACAGCGCUGAAAGCUGAUGGGCUGUUUCAAAGAAAGAAGCUCUGACUCAGCACAAAGGCCCACCCCAGAUAAUGGUACAAGUGUUUCAUAACAUCAGCUCUGUACUUAGCUGAGGUUCACAGACCCACAAGUACCGUGCCCUCUUCUCUUAGCUCUUGCAGUCAUGGCACUCCUCUCCGUCCUCACUCCUUUCCUGGCAGUUAUUCUGUGUCUGGUGGUUGGCUUCAUGCUGCUGAAGUCACGGGAGACCACCUCAACACCCCCGGACAAAAGUAAAGGGGCACCAAAAGGGGACUCCAGACCGUGGGUGGACCAGGACUUACAGGAUGAUACAGAGAACACAGCAAGAGAAGGCGAUGAUGACGAGUGGGUGGACGGCAACGAUGAGGAGGAGAGCCUCGCACAUGUUCCCUACUCGCCACCGCGUUACCCCGAGGACAAAAUGCUGGAGAGAUCCAAGGAUUUUUACACUGUGAUGAACCAGCGGAGGUCUGUGCGGUUCAUCAGCUCGGAGCCGGUCCCACGAGAAGUCCUUGACAAUGUCAUCCGCACCGCAGGCACAGCGCCGAGUGGAGCACACACAGAGCCCUGGACCUUUGUCGUGGUCUCAGAUCCGGAGACGAAGCACCAAAUCAGACUGAUAGUGGAGGAAGAAGAGGAGAUGAAUUACCGCCAGAGGAUGGGGGAUAAGUGGGUCCAUGACUUGGCCAAGUUGAGGACAAACUGGGUUAAGGAGUACUUAGAUGUUGCUCCAUAUCUGAUACUUAUCUUUAAGCAGACCUAUGGGAUUCUACCAAAUGGCAAGAAAAGGACACACUACUACAAUGAAAUCAGUGUCUCCAUAUCCUGUGGCCUCCUGCUGGCUGCAUUACAGAACGUGGGUCUUGUCACCGUCACAUCGACGCCCCUCAACUGCGGCCCGCAGCUCAGGCUCCUCCUUAAGCGGCCGGCCAAUGAGAAGCUGCUGAUGCUGCUUCCUGUAGGUUACCCUGCCUCGGAUGCCACCGUGCCGGACUUGAAGCGCAAACAUCUGGAUGAUAUUAUGGUGCACAUAUGAGAGCCAACGAGUUUGCCAAGAACAUAAUAAUUUCAACAGUCUUUGCCUGCGGCUGAAAACACCAGCAUGCUUUUAUUGUACAUGCACUGUAUGAAAUAAAGAGGCUAAAGCUGUUGUUAUCCAAUAAAGCAUAUUUUGAAGGAAAAUA